CCAAGCCAACCAGCCAAGUCAAGUCAACCUCACAUUACCUCUCGCCCGAUGGAUUCCAGCAACCGCAUCGAAAGCAGCAGCGCCACCGCACCUCGGCGGAUCUGCAAAUGCGACGUGUUCAUCAGUUUCAGGGGUCCCGACACUCGCAACACUUUGGUUGAUCAUCUCUACAAUCACCUCAUCCGAAAAGGCAUCUUCACCUUCAAGGAUGACAAGACGCUGGAGCAAGGUCAACCCAUUUCAUCUCAGCUCCUGCAAGCAAUUAGGGAUUCAAGGAUUUCCAUUGUUGUCUUCUCACCAGAUUAUGCAGCCUCCACUUGGUGUUUAGAUGAAAUGGCUGCUAUUGUUGACUGCCAAAGAGAGUUCAAUCAAGCUGUCUUCCCGGUUUUCUAUGAUGUGGAUCCCUCUCAUGUGCGCAAACAGAACGGUGUGUACCAGGAAGCUUUUAUCUCCCAUUCACAGAAAUUCACACAAGACCCAGCAAAGGUCCAACGCUGGAAGAGUGCUAUGACCACUUUGGCCAAUUCUGUUGGCUGGGAUGUUACAAAUAAGCCAGAGUUUGGAGAGAUUGAAAAAAUUGUUCAGAAAAUAGUGAAAACAUUGAAUCAUAAAUUCUCUGGGUUUGUUGAUGACUUAAUUGGGAUGCAACCUCGUGUGGAAGGAUUGGAAAAGCUUCUCAAGUUAAGAUCAGAGGAUGAUGGCUUUCGAGUUUUAGGAUUAUGGGGGAUGGGCGGUAUAGGAAAGACAACUCAUGCUACUGCCUUAUAUGAUAGAAUCUCUUAUCAAUUUGAUGCUUCUUGUUUUGUUGAGAACGUGAGCAAAAUUUACAAUGAUGGUGGUGCUAUGGCCAUACAAAAACAAAUUCUUCGUCAAGCUCUGGACGAACAAAAUUUAGAUACAUACAGUCCUUCCGAGAUAUCUGGGAUUAUAACAAAUAGGCUACACAGUAUAAAGGUCCUGGUUGUGUUGGACAAUGUUGAUCACUCAAAGCAAUUAGAAGAAUUGGCUAUCAAACCUAAAUUACUUUGUGAAGGGAGUAGAAUAAUCAUAACCACCAGGGAUGAGCAUAUUUUCAAAGUGUAUGAAGACGAUGAAGUUCACAUUCACAAUGUUCCCCUGUUGAGUGAUAGAGAAGCCCGAGAGUUGUUUAGUAGAAAAGCCUUCAAGAGAGAGGAUUCAAGCAACAAUUUUGAGGAGCUGAUUCCUGAGGUACUUAAGUACGCUCAAAGGCAUCCACUAACAAUUAAAGUGGUGGGUUCUUUCUUGUGUUCCCGCAAUGCUGCCCAAUGGAGAGAUGCCUUGGAUAGAUUAAGGAAUAAUCAAGAAGACGAAAUUACAAACGUGCUUCGGAUAAGUUAUGACGGGCUAAAAUAUGAGGAGCAAGAAAUAUUUCUACACAUUGCUUGUUUUUUCAGAGGGGAGAGGGAGGACUAUGUAAAGCGAAUACUAGAUUCUCUUGGAUUAUAUCCUCAUAUUGGAAUUUCAGUUAUUGCGGAGAAAUCACUCAUAACCAUUAGAAACCAAGAAAUUCAUAUGCACGAAAUGCUGCAAGAGUUGGGAAAGAAAAUUGUUCGGGAGAAAUAUCCUCAAGAACCUGGAUCAUGGAGUAGGAUAUGGAGUUACAAGGAUUUCCAUCAUGUCUUGAUGUCAGAAACGGGAACAAAUGAGAUUAAAGCCAUAGUUGUUGAUAUAAAAGAGGAUAUCAGCGAUUGCAAUGAGAUGGUUGAAGGGUUGUCCAAAAUGAAGGAUCUCAAGCUGCUCAUUGUACAUCAAAAGAACUACCAUUCAGAAAGUAGACUCAAAUGUCUUUCUAGUUGUCUGAAGUAUCUUUCAUGGCAUGGUUACCCUUUUCCUUCUUUGCCAUCAGUGUUUCACCCUUCAGAAUGUCUCGUUGAAAUGAAUUUGUCUGGUAGCAGUAUCAAAAGCCUAUGGGAAGGCCGCAAGACAUUUUUUCGCCUGACAAUAUUAGAUUUGAGCAACUCGAAAAAGCUUAUAGAAACUCCAAAUUUUGAAUGGUGCACAAGUCUUAAGCGAUUAGAUCUUUCAGGAUGCACAAACCUACAACAUGUUCACCCUUCAAUUGACCUUCUUGCACGACUUGUCUACUUGAAUUUGCGGGAUUGUAGUAGUUUGGUUACCCUCUACUUUGGCAGUGAUGAAUGCAAGUUAAGUUCUCUCAUAGUUCUACAUCUUUCAGGCUGUACAAAAUUGGAAACUACGCAAGAUUUUUCAGGGCUCUUAAAUCUAGAAUAUCUUGAUCUUGAACAAUGUACAAGUUUGGCUAAGGUGCAUGAAUCUCUCUGGGCCCUUGGAAAACUUAGAUCUUUGAGUUUGAGGGGUUGUCUAGGGCUGAAGGAGGGACCCAAUGAUAUCAGUUGGAUGACAUCUCUUCAAACUCUAGAUUUUCAAGGGUGCUCAAACCUUUGGAAACUUCAGUUUAUUUUGAACAAAUAUGAAAGAUCCAAACUUCACCAAACUCUUGGCAGGUCCAUCAUUUCUCCUCGGAUUUCGAAAGCUUUGACAUUUUUAGAUCUUGGCUUUUGCAACCUAGGAAAAGUCCCUGAUGAUAUCGGAGUAUUAAAAGGGUUAGAAAGACUGAAUUUACAGGGUAACAAAUUCAAUAGUUUACCCAGUACCAUUGAGAGUCUUUCCAGCCUAGCAUAUUUGAACUUGGGGCAUUGCUUUAAUCUUUCUUCAUUGCCUACACUCCCAUUUGUCAAUAACUCAUCAGGAGGACAAUAUUUUAAAACAAUAUCUGGAUCAAGGAAUCAGGGUUCAGGACUAUAUAUGCUUUACUGUUCCAAAGUUGAUAAAUGGUGUCGUCAAAACUGGACAAUUAUCUGGCUAACAAGAUUAAUUAAGCAACCUUGUCAUUUCAGGUGUGGCUUUGACAUUGUUAUUCCUGGGAGUAGUAUUCCAUCGUGGUUCAAUCGUUCAUUUAUGGGUGGAUCAACAAUAAGGAUAGUGGACUCUAAUAAUAUGGAUGACAAUUGGAUAGGCUUUACCUUUUGUGUAGCAUUUUGUGUAACCGAUCCUUCAGCGAUUUUUGGUUCUUCUCAUGACCGGUUGUCCACAUCACUCCCGAAUCCAUUUUAUCUUUCUUUUGAAAGCGAACAGGCAGAAGAAACCUUCUGUAUGCCAUGCCGUUUAGACUUCAAAGGUCGGUCCCAACCUCCUAAGACCCGAAAACAUGUCUGGAUUAUCUAUAUUUCUCGGCCACACUGCCAUUUUGUGAAAACAGGAGCCAAUAUCACAUUUAAAGCCUGCCCAGGCAUUGAGAUGGGGAAAUGGGGACUGCACAUGGUAUUCAAGCAAGAUAUAGAAAUAAUUCAAAGAAAAUCACAACAUCAGCUGGAAACCUCCGUGUUUUUCUAUUCGUCUGAAAUCCUACUUCCAGAUCAUGGGUUGGUUAUUGAGGAAGUGCCUGAAAGCAACAACAGUAGCAUUGGGCCUAAAAUCCAGCUUCCUUACAAUUGGUAUGUAACUGAUGAGGAGGAAAAGGAGAGUCUGGAAGCCAAAAGCAAAGAAAUUAAUCUCGCAAAUAUUGGCCUUUAAGUGAGGCCAACCACACACACCACAGGACCAUCUUCCUUGAGCACAUAUGAAGGUUGAAGAAGCAAAACAAGGCGGGCAAAAUGGAAACUCUGUUGUUUUAUUGUUGAUUCGGUUGAGUUUUGUGAAAAAUAGAUUAAGUGAAAAAUAAUAGUUAAGACGAGAAAUUCGAGGUAAGUAAACUUGUGAGAAAAAACACUUCUAUUAAUAGCAAAUAAACAAUACGAUCUAAUGAUGAGAAAUAGAGGUGGAAAACAAGUGUUGAGACCUCCACUAAUGUCACAAGAGGAUGAAUGAGCUUUGUUUAAAGUGGUCAGGGAUUGGUUAAUGGUUGUUGAGUGUUUUGGUGGAACACCAGAACGCCAGUUUAUACUCGUGAAUGUGGUGAAUGAAAUUGUUCUUGCUGAGUUUGGCCGGUGUAUAGCUCGUCCGUCGAUGAAUGUCUUCAAGCUUCUCGUCGGGAUGAGUUAUACGUCGGCAAGGAGAGAACAAGGGGGUGGGUACCUGCAAAAGACACUCCGACGCUCAAGUCAGUAAGUGUUUAAGAGGUAUAUAAUAAUUCUAUGAAUAUAGAAUGUAAGACAUGAAAUGAAAGUUAUCAUGUGUUAUGUUGUGUUUAUAAUAAUUCUAUGAAUAUAGAAUGUAUUACAUGAUAUAGAACUUAUCAUGUUACUCCCUGAGAUUAGAUAUAGAAGAUUUCUUUUAUAGGCAUAGAAUUGAUGAAUAAAAUUGAUGUUAUGACCGUUUGGUCAUUAAGAUAGAAAUGAUGGUCAUUAAGUCGGUAAUGAAGGUGUCAGUUACAAGAAAAAGAAUGAAUGAUAGUUAACGCCGAGUUAUAACUCAUAAUGUAUAAUAAAGACUGAGUUAUAAGGUGACGGAUCACAGCCCCCAAGCUUUGUCCGCCGAUCAUAUGAUCCAGGCUAAGCUUAGAAAAUAAAAUGAGUUAUAACUCGGUUAAAAGAUGAGUGAAUAAUGAUAUGGUGAGCCCCCAAGCUUAGUCGGGUUAUUAUGUCGGUAUUUAUUCAAAAAAUAAUUGAGUGAUAAGAGUCGUUCAAUCAAGAUAGUUGUGUGGGGAUACUUUUCCGCUUAAGAACAAUUUUAGCAUUUGAUUGUAUAUGAACUGAAAAGUUCAGAGAUAGAUAUCCAUUGACGGAAUCGAUUGUAUGAUCCGAGGAUAUAAUGGUUAGUUGUCUUGGGAAUUUUUCCAGCCCACAACAACUUAUUGAUAAAUUUCUCGCUCAAAGCAAUUAGUUAUUGAAUAUUUACAAUUUAUAGUGAAGGUUUGACAUGAAUAAGAUAAAUUAAGAAAAUGAAUAGGUAUAAAGUCGCAACAUAUAUUGAAUAAUAUAUAUUGUAAAAGUAAAAUAGUUCAAAGUAAAAAAAAAAAAUAUACCUUGAAAG